GCGAGAACCCCGAAAAACGUGAAAAACACAUGUGCGCAAAUUUUAAACUGAAAUUAAAAAGAAACUGACGUGCUGACAGCAGCCAUUUAAAAAAUUUACAUGAAAUGAAAGGGAACAAGCGUCGAAAACAUGGGAAACAUCAUGUUAAAAAGAGAAGAAAGAUUGAUCUUCAAGCGAUAAGUAAAAAAGUAAACGAAAGAAAAACAGGUGGAGCUAAAAAAAUAUAUGCAGGUAGUCAUGGAACGCCUUCUGCAAAUGAAUCUUAUGACACCAAAGGAAACCAAGCUGAUGCAGCAGAUGAGGAAGGUUACAGUUCAGAAAGCAGUAUAGAACAAGAACCUUCAGCUUACGAACAACUUCUCUCUACUCUUGGUUCAUCUGCAGCAAAUCAAUAUUCUGAUGAGGAAGACGAUGUAUCUGAUGAAGAUGAAGAUGAGGAGGAGUUUGAUGAAGAAGACAUUGAUGAGGAAGAUGCUGAAUCUGACAUUAUUGAAGAUGAGGGUAUGCCUUUAAGAUAUGAGGAUUCCACACAGAUCUCGCUAGAUAAGAAAAGUGGACGUCAGUUAGAAGAAAAUGUAGAAGUUGAAGAUGAAGAAGAUGAAGAUGAAGAUGGUGAUAAUGAGGAGGAGGAGGAAGUUGCUAGUGAUGAGGAGGAGGAGGAAGUUGCUAGUGAUGAGGAGGAGGAGGAAGUUGCUAGUGAUGAGGAGGAUGGAAAUAAGGAUGAAGAAGAAGUAAAUACUGAAACACAACUGAAAGAUCCUUUCUUGAGAAGGAUGGCUUAUGAUAUCGGCAGUGAGACAGCCAGUGAACUAGCCAAGGGUGAAGUGACACACAAAUUUCAAACGAAGUGGAAUACGCUUAGAAAGCUCGUCUUCUCAUCAAUGUGUUCUAAGAAACCAGUGGUCUUGAGAGCUCCUCAAAGUCCUACCUUCAAUGACCUUAAUAUCAGGAAGAGAAUAUGGAGUCAGUGGGUUGAUAGUAAUCAGCAGUUCAUACCGCCUCAGUCCAAUCAUGUCUUUACUCCUCUACAGCUGGAGCUGUUUACAAUCAUCAACGCUUAUCAAGAUUUGUUGUUUACAGAGAAAACACAUAAAAAUGCAGAGGAGAUCCGUAAUGUAACCUGUCUCCAUAUUCUCAAUCACAUUGUAAAGUCACGAGACGCAGUACUAAAGCAUAACACCAUGUUGACUAAAGACCCAACGCUGGACACUGAGACAAUGAGAGACCAGGGUCUGACGAGGCCUGGAGUAUUAAUCGUUGUUCCAUUCCGUGAUGGCGCUCUCCGUAUCGUCAACACCCUGAUCAAUGUGUUACUGCCAGCCGACAGUCAGAACCUGGGACGAAGGAAACGCUUUAAUGAUGAGUAUGGGGAGUUGGUGCCAGUACCAAAUAAAUACCCAAUGCCAGAGGAUUGGGAGUCCACAUUUGCUGGAAACAAUGACGAUCAUUUUAGGAUAGGUCUGUCAAUCACAAGGAAGAGAUUGCAGUUAUAUACAGAGUUCUAUAAGUCAGACAUCAUUAUUGCAUCACCACUUGGAUUGAGAACACUCAUCGGAACAAAAGGUGAGAAGCAUCAAGACUAUGAUUUCUUGUCCUCAAUUGAGCUGUUAGUCUUGGAUCAGGCUGACGUCUUCCUCAUGCAGAAUUGGGAGCAUAUCAUUCAUUUAAUGGAGUAUCUUCACCUUCAGCCCAGAGACUCGCACGGAGUUGACUUCUCAAGACUCCGAGAAUGGACACUCAAUGGAUGGAGUAAAUAUUACCGGCAGACUUUGAUCUUGAGCAGUGUUACCACUCCAGAAAUCAACUCACUCUUCAACAAGCAUUGUGCCAACUUUGAAGGCAAGGUGAUGGUUUACAAUCCACCAGUAACAGGAUCAAUUUGCCAAGUCAUCACCCAACUUCCGCAGGUGUUUCAUAGACUGCAGUGCCAGAACUUCACUGAAGACUCUGAUCAGAGAUUUGAAUUCUUUCUGUCCAAGGUGUUUCCUCAGUACCAAGACCCGGGCAUGCUGGGUACAAUGAUUUAUAUACCUCAGUAUUUUGACUACGUUCGACUUCGCAACUACUUCCGCAAAAAGGAGAUUCGCAUUGCGCAAAUUUGCGAGUAUACAAGUCAGCCUAACAUAUCCCGCGCCAGACUCUACAUUGCUGAUGGGUCCAGACAUAUCUUACUGUACACGGAACGAUUCCACUUCUUCAGAAGAUAUAAGCUAAAGGGCAUUCGUAACAUUGUCUUCUACCAGCUACCGACAUACCCAAAGUUCUACAGUGAGAUUUGUAACAUGGUAGAAUCCAGACAGACUACCGUGGAACAUAACUGUAGCAUUGUGUAUACACGUUACGAUGCACAGAAAUUAGCUGGUGUUGUUGGUUCCAGUCGUUGCGGUCACAUGUUGUCAUCCGAUAAGGACACUUAUAUGUUGGUCACUGGAGCAGAUAGCUGAUGACAUGUUGUCAUCCGAUAAGGACACUUAUAUGUUGGUCACUGGAGUAGAUAGCUGAUGACAUUGUGUAUCUCAUUGUCAUGUAGGUGACCCAAACUAUGGACUGUCAUUUGUUUGGCUUCUUAAAUAUCUAUAGUGAUUUUUAAACACUGUUGUGCGAGAAUGAGAACAGUGGGAUUGUACAGUAAACUACUUGAAAAGUUAUAUCUUUGUACACCAGGGGUUUUUAGGAAAGAUGGAAUAAUGUUACUGGCUUUACUUGUUCUUUAGCAGACUUGAUUCACCUCACUCUGUAUUCUACUUACUUUCGUAAGAUUGAACCCUAGUCGUCACAAUUGUGUCGUGACACUGGACUAUAAUUGCUUCUCUUCACCAAGGAGUGAAGGAGGCAAAGGGUGGUUUGGUUUAUGGCUUAGCUACUUGUGCUCCAGUUUGGCUGCGUACUCCAAAGAGUUUAAAGUUUGAUUGAGAGUUCCGACAAUAGGACUAACUUAAAAUAAUUUGUUACGACUACAAAGUAAAACAAGAGGAAAGACUUGAAAACUUGAGUUUUUAAUUGCUUUAUUUCACCUACACAUUGAUUUGGUUCAAAGAAUUACAGCAACAAAACAAAACUAACAAAAUAUUUAAAAAACAACGGUAAUAUAAUCAUAUCAUAAAUAAGAGCAGUUGAUUAUGUGUACAUUAAAUAUGAAUAAUUCUGAGACCAAUCCUUGAACAUCUCAUUGCAUUGUAAUUGCAUAUAAAGCCAUAGAAGUCACAAUUAUGACUAGGCUCUUGAAAUAGAACCGAUACACCCGGGCAU